AUGGAAAACUACAUGGAUUCGUGUAAUACUAGAUGCUGGGUGUUUGCAUUAUUAUUAACCAGCGUUGUAUGUUACAAUAUAUCUUCGGAGCGGCUACACAAUCUUGAUUUAAACCAUCAACUAACCAAACUUCUUUGGAUGGUAGACUGGCAAGAAAAAGAAGUAUUUUUCCAUAUAAACAACUCUUUCGAACAUGGAAAGUACCGGACAUUUAGUAUAGGGUUUUCACAGCGUGGAGAACUAUCCCGUACAGAUUUUUGUGUGUUCUCCUCUGUUCAUAAUAUUUAUCAUGAAGUCUAUGAUACAUAUACUUCUCGUGACAAUAAACACCUCUUCAUUGAUACGGUGCAGAAUUGUGACGUUAUUCACAUGGACGAUAAUUCUAUUACAUUUCGCCGUAAGUUCGACACUUGCGAUCCACAAGAUAUUGCUUUUCAUUCCGGCACUAUGUAUCUUGUGUGGUGGCGUAUGGAUACAUUGCUGGAUUGGAAAAGCGAUUUCACUAUGGUGCCAAAUACAAGCAUGCAAAAUCAAGGUACCCUACCUGUACAACUGCUAAGAGCUGAUAAGAUACACAUUGAAGAAAAGUCCCAAGUUUUGAAAAAGUUCGAAGUACACCUGGACGCUGUCGUUGUACCAGCGGUGGAAACAACGUACUGGUGUAAAAUACAGCAACUCGAUCCGUGGUUGAUAGACAUCAAGCAUCAUAUCGUUCAGUUUGAGCCAUUAAUAGACAAUGAAGAUUUAGUACACCAUAUGGAAAUUUUCCAAUGUGUCACUAACGAAAUGGAGAUUCAUACAUACAACGGCCCUUGCAAAGAUAUGCCUGCAUCGGGCCGCUUGUGUUCGAAAGUUAUGGCGCUCUGGGCUAUGGGGGCUGGUUCUUUCACUUACCCGAAAGAAGCGGGACUACCUAUAGGCGGUAAAGAGUAUAAUCCACAUAUCCGUUUGGAAGUACAUUUCAACAAUCCGGAACUAAAGUCCGGAACCAUUGAUAGCUCCGGAAUGCGCAUCAACGUAGUAUCGAAGUUACGUCGCUAUGAUGCUGCCAUAAUGGAGUUGGGAUUGGAAUAUACGGAUAAAAUGGCUAUACCACCAGGGCAGAUAGCAUUCCCACUUUACGGUUAUUGUAUAGCCGAAUGCACUCAGUUAGCUUUACCACAGAAGGGUAUAGUUAUAUUCGGUUCACAGUUACACACACAUUUACGUGGUGUACGCGUUCUUACACGUCACUUCCGGGGAACAGUAGAGCUCCCAUUAGUUAAUCGAGACGACUUCUUCUCACACCACUAUCAAGAGAUACGACAGUUGCGUUAUAAACCUCAUGUUCUGCCGGGUGAUGCGCUAAUAACAACCUGUUACUACGAUACACGUGGUUACAAAACUGUAACUCUUGGAGGAUUUUCAAUCAGCGAUGAAAUGUGUGUAAACUAUAUUCAUUAUUAUCCUGCAACAGCGCUAGAAGUCUGCAAAAGCUCCAUUUCCGAUAAGUCGCUACAAAAUUACUUUCAAUACAUGAAACAUGUCGAAAAGCAAAAUAUAUCCUCUGCAAGCGGUCCUCGUUCGGAAAAUUAUUUAUCAAUUCAAUGGGAUGACUCGAAGGCAAACGAGCUGGCCGAUACGUAUCUUUCGAGUCCUCUUAGUAUGCAAUGCAAUCGAUCAGAUGGAAUGCGUUUCGAAGGGUUUGAAUGGGAAAAUGCACCUAUAACAUGUUUCAAGCUACCAGUUCCCGUUUCCGAACCUAGAGCAUGUGCCUCUAUUCCAUCUAAAUUGCGCUGGUUCAAAUCAUUGAAUGAAGGUCUUUGUGAUAAUCUUGGUGACUGCAUCUAUUCCGAGUCGAAAUUGAAGGAAUGA